AUGCAGGCACCCUUGGAGGCACCCUUGUUGCCGAAGCCCCGCAAGCAGACGCUGCGGGCGCGGAUCUAUGACGUUCUCGAGGGGAAGGGCUCCCUUGGAUCAUUCUACACCUUGGCGCUAACCACAGUCAUCCUGGUGAACAUUGCAUCCUUCAUGCUGUCCACGGAGCCAAGCAUGACUGAGCAUCAGCCGCUGUUUGACAAGAUCGAAACGGUGACGGUGUGCAUCUUCACUGUGGAAUACGUUCUACGAUUCAGCACCCAAGCGGGGUCAUGCCUGACCCGCAUCAAGUGGGUCUUUACCAACUUUUUCUCCAUCGCGGACCUGGUCUCAAUCAUGCCGUUCUAUGCUGACCUCUUGAUCCCCGGAGAACAAAAGUAUUUGACGACGCAGUGGGUUCGAGUUGUGCGUCUUCUGCGCCUUCUGCCGCCGUUGCCAUACGACGUUAUUUGGCAGAAGAGCUACAAGCUGUUGAUGGCGAGCGGCUUCGCAGGCCUCACAGUCUGGGUCCUCUGCGCGGCAUUGUAUUACUGGGUUGAGCAAGACAACCCCGACAUGAUGUACUGUCCAGACGAUGCUGACAAGAAAGAGGGCAUGUGUUGGAAUCGCUUUCAUUCCAUCCCUGCGGCUAUGUAUUAUUCGCUUCUGAACUUCUUUGGGGAGUUCCCGCUGGCUGACAAGCAUUCGCUGGGUGGGCGAUUUGUGGGCGGCUUCAUUCAGGUCAUGGGAGCAGCCGUGAUGGCAAUUCCAGCUGGAGCACUUGGAAAUGCAUUUUCUGAAGUUGUUGAGAAAGAGCUUGCGAAGGAGGAGGAGGAAUCAGGCGAAGCCGAUGGCAAUGCCACGGGUCAACGUGGCAAGGCAGAAAUCAUCCGUUGCCUGGAUGGCGAGCGAGAGGUCCGCGUCUACCAGAUAGCUGACUUGUCAGUUGAUUUGGCAGAUCUGUGGUUCUCACUGCUGGCAUUUCUGGUAGCGACGUCAUCCGCUCACUUCAUACUAGGGACUGUUCGCAACUUGCCGAUGAAACUGGAGGAGUUGUUCUUCCUCUUGUAUGCCCUCGACAUCCUAGCCACCGUGUUUUUUUGCGGGGAGUAUCUGUUCAGGAUUUGUUUUGCCAGAGCGCCUGCCCGUUACGUGAUGAGUGGCUUCGGCCUUGUCGAUGGCUUGAGCGCAGUGCUGCCAGCAAUCAGCUAUGUCUACAGCCGACCCUUGUUUCGUGCUUUCACGACUCUUCGGGUUCUUAAGCUGGAGCGCUAUAUUGGGGCCUUUGGCACCUUCAAGAGCAUCCUGUACCAAAGCAGGGCCGUCCUCUUCGUGACGGGGGGUGCUGCUGCAGUUCUCUGGGUCAUCUUCAGCACCUUGAUGUACUAUGCAGAGCGGUACAAUCCAGAUCCUGAAAUGGCUGAGCACUAUUCAAGUGUGGCCACUUCCAUGUGGGUGACGCUGCUGAACCUUUCAGGGGAAGCACCGCUUUGCGAGUACACGACGGUUGGGAAGUUCAUCUCUGCACUCAUGGGACUGAUUGGCGUCGGUUUCGUCACCAUCCCAAUGGGACUGCUCGGUUCUGGCUUUCAGGAUUUCCUGGAGAAGGAUGACGAGGAUGAGGCCCCCGCUGAACCACAAGGAGUGAAGCAGCAACCUGAAGAGACUUCCUUUCGCCAGCUGGUGCACAAGUUCUUGCAAGGUUCUGCUUCCAAUCAGGUGGAAGAUUUAAACCCUUGGGAAGCUCGUGCCGUUUACUUUGAGCUGUGCAUCUUCUUUGGCAUUUUCGUUACAGUGCUCGCCGCCAUCAUGGAGACAGUGGAGGGCUUUGCGCCGCCCGGAUCCCUGAACCGGGAUGCAUUGAACUUCAUUGAGAUAACUGCCACCCUCCUUUUCACAGUGGAGUACGGGCUGCGCUAUUACACUGCGCCGGAGGCUACCUACUGGGCAGAGAAGGGUUACGUGAGCGACAAUGCUGCCAGAUUCGGGUUUGCGAUGUCGCUCCCCGCGCUGAUAGAUCUGACAGCGAUUGCUCCUUACUAUCUUGCUUUGUGCGGGUCUUCUGUGGCAGACCGCUAUGACGGUGAACUUCGAAUGUUGCGUAUAUUCAGACUGUUAACGCUGGACAAGUACAUCCCUUCAGUGUCCCUUAUUGGUCGAGUCUUCUAUAAGAAUGCCAAGGAGUUUCAGAUGGCAGCCUACGCUGCUGCAUCGCUUUGGCUGAUAUUCUCCGCGCUUAUGUGGCUCACUGAGCGGCACGACCCGACGCAGGUGGACGAUCUGACAAUGUCACAGCGCUACGGCAGCAUGCCAGAAGCAAUGCCAUACACGCUGGUUCACCUCACAGGGGACUAUCCCCUCAUAGAUUACGACUUCCCCGCCAAGUGCGUUUUGUUUGUUGCCCUGCUCUUUGCAGUCGGGGUCGUAGCUGUUCCGACCGGCCUGCUUGCUUCAGGCUUUUCACAGGAGCUCACGAAGUACCGCCAGGAACAAAGGCGGCUGAGAGAAGAGGCUUCUUCCGCCAUCGAGAAGGCGCUACGAACAUACAUUCGAAGACGUCGCCUUCGAAAGGCCGCAAAACAGAUCCAGGCGCAGCAAUCCGUGUUGAAAGAGCUCCGAGGCAAAGUUUCCAAGGACAACCCCUACAAGCUGAGCAUGGUCCGGUUCCUUGAGCAAAAGACGACAUUCGGCCGGGUGUUCAAGAAGGUGAUGCUCCUACUCAUUAUUUUGAACGUUCUGGCUGUGAUUGGCGAGAGCAUGAACUGGGUGAAGAAGGCAAUAGGGAGCAAUGCCCUCAAUGCUUUCGAGCUCGUCAGUGUGCUUGCAUUCACCUUCGAGUACUCAGCCAACGUGUGGAGCGCACCGGCCAACAGGAGGUACAUGUUCUGCCGCAGAAAUUACAUAUUCUCGUUCUUCGGCCUUGUCGAUCUCGUGACUGUUGCACCGUUCUGGAUACAGACGGCGAUGUGGCUGAGCGGGCUGCAGUUCAAUGCUUUCAUCUUCCGGAUUGCACGGCUGCUUCGAAUUCUUCAGCUCGAAGAUUUCGUGGAGAGCUUCACGCUGCUGGAUGAUGCCUGGCGUGCUUGCAGAGAAACGAUGGUUGCGACCGGGUUUAUGGCCUUGCUCGUUUGGAUAUGUGGGGCGGUCCUUUUCUAUGAAUUUGAACAGGAUAAUCCAGCCAUGGAUGGCGCUUUCAAGGACACGUUCGAAGCGCACUCUGCACUCUGCAGUGGCUUGUGUGGCAGCUUGUGA